AUGAAGAUCUCAACACAAUCAUCGGUUCCGGUAUAUACUAUUUCUGGUUCUUCGACUGCAAGGCCUCUUCCAGAAUGGCUUGCCAAGCGCAGAAAGCGCAGUUUGAAGAAUGAUCCAGAGUACGCAAAUCGAGUCGAAUUGCUGCAGGAUUUCGAGUUCGAAGAAGCGAGUCAGUGUAUUCGUAUCAGUGAGGAUGGACAAUGGGUUAUGAGCACAGGAACAUACAAACCGCAAAUCCAUACUCACUAUUUACCUCAUCUCUCGUUAUCUUUUGCUCGCCAUACCGUUUCACUCAACACGACCUUUCUUCUACUUUCCUCCGAUUACUCGAAAUCUCUACAUCUGCAGGCAGAUAGGUCCCUCGAGUUUCAUACACCGUCGGGAUGUCACUACACGACGAGACUGCCUCGUUACGGGCGGGAUCUGGUUUAUGACAGGCAGUCUACCGAGGCUCUUAUCCCCGCUGUCGGAGUCAACCAAGACGGACUUGGUGAAGUUUAUCGGUUGAAUCUGGAGGCUGGUCGUUACAUGCGCAGUUACGAAGUCGAUGUGGGUGGAGAUGACUAUACUUCUGCCGGUGGCGGUGCGUUGCAGGGUGGUAUUAAUACCGGUUCAGUCAACACUGGUGCAAUUGCUGAACAAAGUCACAAUCUCCUUGCUUUUGGUACAUCUAUUGGCACGGUAGAACUAUGGGAUUCGAGGGCUCGAGGUCGUGCCGGAAUUCUUCUACCACCGACGCAGUCGCAGCCGGGUGAAGGACGACACGAGAUAACCGCGUUGGAAUUUCACAGAUCUGGCCUCACGUUAGGAACAGGAUCCUCUAAUGGUUUAAUACAUUUGUACGAUCUACGAUCACCGAUUCCUUUCCUGAAGAAGGACCAAGGUUAUGGAUACCCAGUGCAUACACUCAAAUUUUUGCAAUCAUCAUCCAGUACUCGAGAACAGACAAUGGAACCGAAGAUAUUAUCUUCGGAUAAGAGAAUUAUUAAGAUCUGGGACCCUCGAAAUGGCAACCCGUGGACGUCUGUUGAGCCGGCUGUGGACAUCAACAGUGUCGCAUGGUAUCCAGACAGUGGAAUGAUCUUGACAGCAAACGAGGGCCGACAACAGCACGCAUUCUUUAUUCCACAACUUGGACCUGCACCUAGAUGGUGCUCAUUCUUGGACAACCUUGUUGAGGAAAUGGCCGAAGAUCCCAACGAUCCUCAAGCAUUUACUUCAGGUCAGGCAUCUUCUGUUUACGACAACUACAAAUUCUUGACAGUACCUCAACUGCGCACGUUGAACCUGGACCAUCUUAUUGGCAGGACCAAUCUACUACGACCAUAUAUGCAUGGUUACUUUGUGGCUCAGCGGUUGUAUGAAGAGGCUCGGUUGAUCACAAACCCGUACAUCUGGGAAGAAGAACGUGCCAAGAGAGUGAAGGAGAAGAUUGACCAAGAAAGAGAAAGUCGCAUCCGAAGCAAGAAGAAGGUCGCCGUUAAAGUCAAUCGGAAAUUGGCCGAGAAGCUUCUCGAGAAGCAAGAGAGGGCCGAGAGACGAAACGCCAAACGCGUACUUGAGCAAGGAGGAGACGAAACAAUGGCAGAGGAAGCCGAACAGGGUCCUGAGACUACUACUGGCGGAGAGAACAAGGGCUUGUUGGGUGAUAGCCGUUUCUCGAAACUGUUCGAAGAUGCAGAGUUCGCCGUGGAUGAGACUUCUAGGGAAUUCCAGAUGCUCAAUCCAAGCACCGCUGUUGAAAAGCCCACAAGGAAAGAGCGUGGUCUCACCGCCGUCGAACAAGAAGAGGUCGAUGAAGUCCCAGAUUCUAGUGACGAUGAUGACAGCGACGCUGGAAGCGAACAGGGCCAAAAACCAUCAAACCGACCCGCCAAAGCCAACCAACCAAAAAUGGGCGACGAUAUUUCGUACCGACGCAGCAGGAAACCUUACACCAAGAUGCAAGUCUCUUCCUCAGCAUCAGCAACAAAUAAAUCGAGAGGAGGAAAAUCCGGCCGAGAUCGCUCCUUUGAAACACUUGCGCAAAAGAUGGGCACCAAUACUCAUAGGGUCAACAAGGAUAGAGCGGCAUCACGUCGGAGUGUUGUUGGUGAGAAAGAAAUCACUUUUGCGCCUGCUUCGUCAAAGCCGAAACCACAGCAGCAGCAAUCUCGAUCUGGUUCGGGAGCGGAUAAUGGGUACAGGAAUAAGGCGCGACGAAGUGCAUCGGGGAAUACGUUUCGUCGGAUUUGA